UGUCAGAUUAAGGCACAGAUGCCCUCACCCAACAUGGCGGCCUCUUGUGCCCGCCCUUUCACUUCCGUCUGCUGGAAAACUUCAGCAAUUAACUUGCAAUGGCGGCAAUGAUGACUUCUCGGACUCUCGGAGACCUGCUCAUGCGACGCCUGAGACCCUCCACCCACCUGGACCUCAACUUUAGCCUUCGCCCUUUGAGCUCAAGUGCACAGGAUGAGGCCUCAAGAGCAGCCUCCAGCGAAGUCCCAGACCACAACUAUGAGUCCCUUAGGGUGACGGCUGCGCAGAAACAUAUUCUGCAUGUGCAGAUAAACCGACCUGAGAAGAGGAAUGCCAUGAACAGGGCCUUUUGGAGCGAGAUGGUGGAAUGUUUCAACAAGAUAGCACAAGAUGCUGACUGCCGGGCAGUGGUGAUCUCUGGUGCAGGAAAAAUGUUCACGUCAGGUAUCGACCUCGUAGACAUGGCCUCCGACCUCCUGCAGCCCAAAGGAGAUGAUGUGGCCCGCAUCAGCUGGUACCUCCGCAAACUCAUCUCCACCUGCCAAGAGACCUUCAGUGUCAUCGAGAAGUGCCCCAAGCCUGUGAUCGCCGCUGUCCACGGGGGCUGCAUUGGCGGAGGUAUGGACCUCAUCACUGCCUGUGACAUUCGCUACUGUGCCCAGGAUGCUUUCUUCCAGGUGAAGGAAGUGGACGUGGGUUUGGCUGCUGAUGUGGGAACUCUGCAGCGACUGCCCAGAGUCAUCGGGAAUCAGAGCCUGGUCAACGAGCUGGCCUUCACCGCCCGGAAGAUGAUGGCUGAUGAGGCCCUGAACUGUGGGCUGGUCAGCCGGGUGUUCCCAGACAAGGAUGUCAUGCUGGAUGCAGCCUUCGCCCUGGCAGCGGAGAUCUCCAGCAAGAGCCCCGUGGCGGUGCAGGGGAGCAAGAUCAAUCUGCUCUACUCCCGGGACCACAGUGUGGCAGACGGCCUCAACUUCAUGACUUCCUGGAAUAUGGGCAUGCUGCAGACUGAUGACAUCAUGAAGUCUGUCCAGGCCGCGAUGGAAAAGAAGAAAUUGAAGGACGUUACCUUCUCCAAGCUCUGAGAACCCCAACCUCAGGACGUGGCCUGGGGUCUGGCUGUGAGCCACCUGGGGCCUAUAAUUACUCAUGGUGGAGUGGGAGAGAUGUGGGGCCUGUGUAUCUAUGGGGUGGGAUGGGAACUCUCCUGGGUGCCUUCUCACCUAGUCUCUCUUUCUUACACUGAUUUCCUCAUGUCCAGGGUCUUCUCUCUUCCACCCUUUUAAUAAGAAAGCAUCAUAAAGAAACUUGUUGGUGUAUUGCACCAAAGCAUAGGACUCUGGGGUGGGGGGUGGGGUGUUCAGGCCCUGGAACAUGAUGGCAGAGGAGGACCUAGAUGGGGAGGGGGUUUAAAGUGUUAUGUGGAAAACUGAGUUACACAUAUACUGACUACUGUACAUCCUCUGGAAAGCAUUAAUCUUCCAAUAAAGAAAAAAAAAACUUU